AGCAUGUUAUUUUCUUUCUUUUUUUGACCAAAAUAAAUACUGGUUACAAUAAUAAAAAAUUCUAUCUUUUGUUUUCGCUACUGAAAGGAGUCGCUGGAGUGGUUUCGAGGGACCCCCUUCAAGGCCCAUUAUUUUCCUUGGAACCCAGCCAUUUGGUACAGUUUGGUAAUAAUAGCGGCGCUGAAAUUAAGUGUUUAGCAACCGGAAGUCCCUGGCCUACAUUACAGUGGACCACUAGGGAAGGCCAACACAUCCAAGACAUCACCGGAAUCAGGUACGUCACAGCGGACGGGUCAUUGGUCUUCUCGCCCUUCAAACCAGACGAUUACCGUCAGGAUAUCCACGCUGCUGUGUACACGUGUGUGGCGUCGAACAAAGUCGGUUCCAUUAGAAGCAGAGACGUACAGGUUCGCGCAGUGAUACAGCACAAUUUCAAACCCCAGGUCUACAAUGUGGUCGCUACUAAGGGCAACAUUGCACUUCUGCAGUGUCAGGUUCCAUCUUUCGUUCGUCAGUUUGUGAGCGUGGAGUCUUGGUCAAGAAGUGAUGGUCUCGUGUACAGACAGAACCACUCGGACGAAGUUCGUGUUCUUCAGACAGGAGAACUGCUUGUAUAUAAUGUGGAAAGUGGUAACACACAACACACCUACAUGUGUAAAGCCAAACACAGACUGACCGGAUACACCGCUACUAGCGCCACCUAUGGGAAACUCACAAUACAAGAACCUCAUGGACCAUCGAGCCCUAGGUUUGUUUUAAAAUUCUCCUCUGUCAAAGUGCAUCAAGGACAAGAGUCGGAGCUGCCGUGUAUUGUAGAAGGAUGGCCUGUUCCCACUGUUAGAUGGUAUAAAGAACAUUAUGGAAGACUUGAAGCUUUACCAGCUACAAAUAGGGUGUCGUUUAACCAUGGUAUAUUAACCAUCCGUGACACAGAGAGGUACGAUGAAGGGUUGUAUGUCUGUAUCACCAACAACAGUGUAGAAGAAAAGAGGACGAAAACCAUUCUGAAAGUAACCAGUCGAUUAAAGGUCAUUGUUAUACCUAAAGUCCAAAUAGUCGAGGUAGGUGGUAUAGCUGUUCUCAACUGCACCAUUGACGGCUUUCCCAUCACCGCCAUUACGUGGUUAAAAGAUAAGCGACCUCUGGUGAUAGACCCAAGAAUUUCCUAUUUGUCUAAGACAGUGAUGAAGAUUUCGUCAGUUCGUAGAACUGACAGUGGGAUGUAUCAGUGUUUCAUCUUCAACGACGAUGAAUCCGCCCAAGGAACGUCCGAGUUAACAAUAGGAGAUGUUGCACCAACCUUAACUUCUAGUUUUCAAGAUAAAACUGUUCAUCCGGGUACAUCAGUAUAUCUUACCUGCACAGCCACAGCUAAUCCAAUUCCAAACAUCACGUGGUUUGUGGAUAAGCAGCCUGUUCAUGACACCUACCGAAUAUCUCUGAGUAGCCACAUGUUUAUUGAAGAUAGCAUAGUGGGCCAAAUUAAUAUAACAGACACGAGAGUGGAAGACGGUGGAAGAUACACCUGUAUUUUUUCGAAUGGGGUCGGCUCGGUUGAACACUCGAAUAGGCUUAACGUCCACGGUCCUCCUUUUAUCAGACCUAUGUGGAAUAUGACUGUGGUAUCCAGUCAUACUAUCGUACUCAGAUGUCCAUAUGGAGGAUUUCCAGUGGAUAGAAUCACCUGGGAAAGAGGAGGAAUUCUCCUUCCAUUAAGUCACCGUGAGGAGGUUGACGAAGACGGGACACUGACCAUUCGCGGUGUCCAUAAGCAAGUGGACGAAGGGAAAUACACUUGCACAGUACAAAACUCGGAAGGUCAGAUAGCCAGUGGCUCAACUUACAUCUCAGUGGUAGUGGCUCCAGUAAUUGAUGAAAACUUUUUUCCGGAAAAAGUAACUGUAACAGAAGGAAUGACAGCUCGUCUCUAUUGUAGUGUGGCGGAGGGGGAGCCCCCCAUAAGAAUACACUGGGAGAAGGAAGGAGAAAUACUGAUUACCCAAGGUCACGUGAAUGUAGAAAAUUCUCAAGAAUAUUCAGUGAUUAUAUUCAAGCACGUGACCGCGCGGGAGAAUGGGAAGUACACUUGUAUCGCCUCCAACAGUGCAGCUUCCGUCAACAAAACCACAGAGUUGACAGUUAAUGUGCCACCUAGAUGGAUAAUUUCUCCGACCAACAAGUCAGCGGUCGAAGGUCAAAACGUUUAUUUAGACUGCUCAGCUAGUGGUUUGCCACGACCUGUUAUAACCUGGAGAAAAGCCAGAGGUGAUAGCAACAUUGAGGGUUUUCGUUUUCUUGUUAUUUGUAUUUAAAAAAAAAGAAAGUCUAACUUGUUAAAGUAUACAGAGAACAACUAGAUAAAUAAUGUAAUAGGCCUAAUUCUAAU